AUGAAGGACGGGGGGCACCACCCGUCGGACGAGUACUCGGCCGAAGAGGUUCAUGCACUGAGCGCGGUGUUUUCCCUGUUUGACGAGAACGGCAGCGGUCGGAUCUCGGCAUGCCACCUCGAGAGCAUCCUGUCCAAGUUGGGGCGGAAUCCGUCGGAAGCGUCCGACCUGCUCAAAAACAUCGACCUCCAAGACGACACAAUCUCGUUUGACGAGUUCCUCUUACUUAUUCGCAGCCAGCCCGACAUUGGUACGCAGGUCGAACCGCCGUUCUCGUGGUACUCACGGGCACUCUUGACGGCGGCAGAUGGACCGUACAAUCUCGGCCCUGACCCGAAAGUGAUGGAGUUUAUCAACAUCUUGGAAGAGUACCGUGCGAAGUGUGAAGAAGAUGGCAACUACCUGGAAGCCCAGCGCGCCGACACACAACUCAUCGCGUUGCGCGCGCAGGAAGCGAAGCGCCAGUCCAAGUCUCUCAAGGCCAAGCAGAUUGCCGAGCGCCAGGACAUCCAGAUCGCGCACAACAUGCAGUACACGGAUUUCAACUCUGCGUGGGAUCAGUACAUGGACGAGUACGACAGCAUGGCACAGGCGUAUAUCCGCCAAAUGACGGACAAGCACGCGGCGGACCUGCGCGCGUUUCAGGAGAAGCUGCACAAGGAACUCAUGGAGCGGCCGCCCAAGUUUUCAAAGGAAUUGAUCGAGUGGCGACGCCGGCAACACCGCCUCGCGCAGCAGAAGAACUAUGCCGAGGCGCAAAAGAUCAAGCUGAUUGCGGACGAGCUCGAGGCCGAGGAACGGUCGACCAUGAACGAGUCGCUCCAGGUGAUUUUCACGCGCAAAGAGACCAAGUUUCGCCAGCAACAACAAGCCGAAGUCCAGGCGCUUCUCAAACGAAUCGACGGCCGAAGGAAGGAGCACGUAAAGCAGCGCAACUUGGACUCGAAGCGACUCCUCCAGCGCAACCGCAACGUCCAGGCCGUCCUCGAGUCAAAGCAGUCGGUCGAAACGACCAAAAAGUUGCAGGACAUCAAAGCCGGACUGAACCCGAGAGACCGUAUCAGCAAGAGCAACGUGAGCGCGAUUCCACCCGAGGCCCGCGUGAUUAAGCCCAAGAAACCAGCAGCUCCCCGGGAGCCGUCGACGACAUUCAUCACGACCGACCACAACGACUAGGCACUCUAACAUAACAGUGCAAACGUGAGCACCGAUCGACGAA